ACAGUCGCAGUCAACAACUUAGCAGCCGGACCGCAGGACAACCAUGGCGCUGGUGACUGGGAGCUGGGUGCUGGACGGCCUGCUCGUGCUGCUGCCGCUGUUCUACUGGUACACGACGCGCCACUACUCUCUCUGGAGGAAGCUCGGGGUGCCCUACGUGAAGCCGACGCUGGUCGUCGGAAACAUGGGCGGCGUCGUGACGGGCCGCCAGCACAUGGGGGAGCCCAUAUACGAGUGCUACCUGCGGGCAGGGGACGAGCCCUUCAUGGGAAUGUUCGCCUUCGAUCAGCCGCUCCUGAUGGUCAAGGACCCCGAGCUCGUGGGUCGUGUCUUGGCCUCAGAUUUUUCUUCCUUCUACCGGCUGAAUUUUGCCAUACCGGAAACUGACGACUCCGUGGCCGGGCGGUCAAUCUUCGCUGUCAACGGUCCAAGGUGGAAGACAUUACGUAGUGUCAUGACACCAGGUUUCACCUCCGGUAAGAUGAAGCGCAUGUUCCAGUUGGUCGAAGAGUGUGGACGGGACCUGGUUGAACAUCUGACAGCAGCUACGAAAGAAGAUAGCAACGUGGAAGUGCAGGAGCUGAUGGCGUGCUACACGACCGACGCGGUGUGUUCGGCAUUUGUGGGCACAAAGGGUGGCGCCCUGCAGGACCCUAAGGCCCCCAUGCGGGAGAGCCUGAAAAGGAUCAUGCGCGACGAUUUGGUGGGGCAGCUGGCUCAGGCCAUGAGCUUCCUGGCACCCAAGCUGUUCGAGAAGCUCAACAUCAGCGUCGUCAGGAAGGAGUUUGAGGAAUUCCUUUAUAAGACUACUGAAGAGACAAUGGCUUACCGCAAGAAAAAUGGCAUAGUGCGAGAGGACUCCAUCGACAUGCUGAUGCGUGUCCGUGAUGGACAGACAGAUGAGUCAAAGCGCCUGCGAGAUGAGACUGGCCAGGAAUUUAGAUUUGACCAGAAAGAUGUGGUGGCACAGGUGCUGACUUUCCUAAUGGCUGGCUUUGAGACCUCUGCCUCAACCAUGGUGUUCACACUGUACGAGCUGGCUCUGAACCAGGAGCUGCAGCAACGCAUCCGCCAGCAGGUGAAGGAGGUGGCCGCCAAGCACGGUGGCAUCACAUAUGAAGCAGUUGCAGAGAUGACCGACCUAAACAAUGCCGUCAGUGAGGCCCUUCGCAUGUAUCCCGUGGUCAACUUCCUGGACAGGCGCUCAACACGGGACUACAAGAUCCCCGGCACAUCUGUGGUGCUGCCCAAAGACACAGGGGUGGUGAUCUCGGUGCUGGGUCUGCACUAUGACCCGAGGUACUGGCAGCGGCCGCAUCACUUCAUACCCGACAGGUUCAGUGAGGAGAACUCAAAGGGGCAGCCUAACUACAUCUACUUGCCCUUUGGUGAUGGGCCCAGACAGUGCAUUGGAAUGAGGAUGGGUCUGAUGCAGGUGCGUCUUGGCCUUGCGCACAUCCUCAGCAACUUCGUCGUUGGCCCCACAGUGCAUACGCCAGUUCCUCUGCCUCUGGACCCCAAAACCUUCCUCCGGAGGCCACAAGGGCCACUGCUGCUCAGCUUUCAGAAGCUGGUAACACAGUGAUGAGUCCAGGCACAACACUCACAGAAAUGGACUGCCAUAGUGUGUCAGUGAAUGUAUCACAGCAUAAUUACAUUCUUUUAAUUCUAUUGACAGUUGUCAUAGAACAGUGGAGUGAAAGUACUGCUAACAAAGUGGAAACAAAAUCCAAAAAUCCAGCACACUGAAGCCAGGAAGUAAGUUACAUAGUGUUACUGAAGUCUCGGAUGCUGCUUCAUCAGUAACUAUUUAAAUUAUUGUCAUGGUAAUGUUCCCGAACUCAAGAUAUUAACCAUGCAUGAGUGUUAUAUUACAUCUUCUGAAAGAGGUAGGCUAAGUGUGUCUAGGAACUAUGCCAGAGUAGCAUAAUUUCAGUAGAUCUACACUCUCUUUGAAUGGGCUUGAUGGUCUUGUGUGUUUGCAUCUGUAAGAAGUUUACUAAAGUUGCUAGAUUUGUUUCUUUAUUAAACAAGAUGUCUUAGUUCAUAAUUAGUUUUGGCUUCUAGCGCAGCAUAGUCACACUGCCAUUGCUAAGUAAAAAAUCACAUCAUAAUGUGGAAAAGACACUAGACUGGGAGUCUAGAUUUUAAGUUAAACAUGAUUCUGACCUUGUGCUGCAAACUGUUUCACUGGUAAAAUCUAACAUGCACUGUAUCACUCUUCAGGAGCUACCAUAUGCUCUCAAGAGUACAGCUUUCUGUUUAUAAAACAGACUGUAAGGGUAUUAAUGACAUAGAGAUAAGCAUCUCUUUGUAUGUAUCACUUGCCAAAAACUUUGUGUUGAUAAUGUGAUCUGUUCAUGAAGAUAUUAGAGCUCAUAUUGACUGAGCGUUCUUUAUAUGAGAGACCAUUUAAAAUUAAAUUCCUGCCUAUGUUUAUUUCUCUGCAGAGUUCAUGUAAAAUUGUAGAUUGUACAUUGCAAAAUAUAUUUGAUGAGCCAACUACUAUAAAUAAUUCGUGGAGAAAUGUUUUCCUGUGAGACUACUUUUCAGUGUGUUUAUGACAGUAAAUAAUACUGGAGACAUUCUUCUAAUAUUUUUUGUCGGAGACUCCGCUUAGAAAACAGAACAUUUUUAUCUGCUGUACAUGCAACAUUCAGUUGCAGCACAUUGAGUAAAACUACCUGUUUCAGUAUGAGAGGAUUAAAAAAAAAAAACAAAAAAAAAGCAAUGUUAACAAAUAAAUGUUACACUUUUUUGUAAACAAACUA